CGCGGAGCCUAUGAGAGCGUGUCUCCAGGGGGCGGGCCGUAAGGCGCUGGCGGCUGCCGGGGGGCGGCUGCGGCGGCGGCGGAUUGGGGAGGCGGCGGCCUGGCUUGGCUUGGCCUCGCCUGGCCUGGCCUGUCAGGGCUCGGGCGGCGGCAGCUCCGACACCAUGUCCCUGCAGUACGGGGCGGAGGAGACGCCCCUCGCUGGCAGUUACGGUGCGGCGGAUUCGUUCCCGAAAGACUUCGGCUACGGCGUGGAGGAGGAAGAAGAGGAGGCGGCAGCCUCAGGCGGCGGGGUUGGGGCGGGGGCCGGCGGAGGCUGUGGCCCGGGGGGCGCUGACAGCUCCAAGCCGAGGAUUCUGCUCAUGGGGCUCCGGCGCAGCGGCAAGUCCUCCAUCCAGAAGGUGGUGUUUCAUAAAAUGUCACCCAACGAGACUCUCUUUUUGGAAAGUACCAACAAGAUUUAUAAAGAUGACAUUUCCAAUAGCUCCUUUGUGAAUUUCCAGAUAUGGGAUUUUCCUGGGCAAAUGGACUUUUUUGACCCAACUUUUGACUACGAGAUGAUCUUCAGGGGAACGGGAGCAUUGAUAUAUGUCAUUGAUGCACAGGAUGACUACAUGGAGGCUUUAACAAGACUUCACAUUACUGUUUCUAAAGCCUACAAAGUUAACCCAGACAUGAAUUUUGAGGUUUUUAUUCACAAAGUUGAUGGUCUGUCUGAUGAUCACAAAAUAGAAACUCAGAGGGACAUUCAUCAAAGGGCCAAUGAUGACCUUGCAGAUGCUGGGCUAGAAAAACUCCACCUUAGCUUUUAUUUGACUAGUAUCUAUGACCAUUCAAUAUUUGAAGCCUUUAGUAAGGUGGUGCAGAAACUCAUUCCACAACUGCCAACUUUGGAAAACCUAUUAAAUAUCUUUAUAUCCAAUUCAGGUAUUGAAAAAGCUUUCCUCUUUGAUGUUGUCAGCAAAAUCUACAUUGCAACAGAUAGUUCUCCUGUGGAUAUGCAAUCUUAUGAACUUUGCUGUGACAUGAUUGAUGUUGUAAUUGAUGUAUCUUGUAUAUAUGGGUUAAAGGGAGAUGGAAGUGGAAGUGCUUAUGACAAAGAAUCUAUGGCAAUAAUCAAACUGAAUAAUACAACUGUCCUUUAUUUAAAGGAAGUGACUAAAUUUUUGGCACUGGUCUGCAUUCUUAGGGAAGAAAGUUUUGAACGAAAAGGUUUAAUAGACUACAACUUCCACUGUUUCCGAAAAGCUAUUCAUGAGGUUUUUGAGGUGGGUGUGACUUCUCACAGGAGCUGCGGUCACCAGACUGGUGCCCCCAGCCUGAAAGCGUUGGCGCACAAUGGCACCCCACGGAACGCCAUCUAGCCUGAAUUCCAGGGGUCAGGGCUCUGUGCCAGCUUACUCUUCACUCCAGGGUCAGAUGCCACAUGCUACAGGACAUGGGAGUUGCUGCUUGUGGAAAUCUGGUGUCUGUCCCACUAGAGUCAAGGGGUAGAGUUUCUUAUUUGGAUGGAAACCCCUUCAACCAGUGGUGUGCAACUGAAGCGACUGUUUCUUUUUUUAAAAAAUGCAAAAAAGAAUUCUAGAGACCACAGAACUCAAGUGUGUCUUUCUCCUAUUUGGGGUCCUACUUUAGUUGGGAUAUUUUGGACCUGGAGAGAACACCACUUACCCAUCCUUACAGGGAAUGUUGCCAUCAAUUACCAGUUGAGAAUAAUACCAAGAACUGAGUUUUUAUGUGCUUCACUUAGGGUUUCAUUUGAGUAGUCUCUCAAAGUCCUGCCUUGCUUAGGUUCUAACACUGCCUCUCAGAUUUCAGUUUUGGACAUUGCAUACCUAAGACCUUUUAAAUGCAUUUGCUUGCUAACUCAGAAGACACAUGGUCUGACUGCAGCAAAGGAUAUUCCUGUAUUUGUUACUGAAGAAAAGAGGAAAUUUUAUGCUGCAUCAGGUCAAGAGCAAGGCUCAACAGUGGCUGCUGCAUUAGUUCCUUUGGAAGUGUUUGAGGAAAAAACUUUCAAACAGAAGAAAAUUUUUGCACCUGUGUUUUGGGUACCAGAUAUCUGGGUUCUUUUUCCUACAAUAGAUAAAUGAUCAUGAUCAAUGUAAAAAGGGAAUUUGAAAAAACUUUUCUGCAGGCUCCUCCUGGAGGGAAAAACUCAUUAUGUCAUUGAAAUAUUUAGCUCUCUUUUCUUUAAACUUGGUACCAGCUGCUACAUACCUUUUAUUCUAAGCUAUCUAGAUUCUUUAAGAAAUGCUGUUUUGUUGACCAUGAGAGACCCUAAGGCACUGGUGGACUGUCCACUGGGAGUUGGAGGGAGCACAUGGUGCCACAACAUGUGUUAUUAAACAUUCUUCAUCUCCAAUAUUCUGACACCAAGUGUCAGCUGUGGUACUUUCUUCACCUAGAAUAUUAAUUCAUAAUUGUUCUUUUUGUUGAUGGUUGAUACCCUUCUUGUUGAUUUAAAUUGACACAUUUUUAUUUCACAUACCCAGUAGUUAUAUAUUCCAAAGCCACUGGACCACUUGAGUACAUAAGUGCCACUGUUUAAUGAAAUAUGUAUAUUCAGGUCUAUAAACCUAACAGUGUGACUCAGAGUGCUUCCUGCAGAUGAUUCUGACUUGAGUAUUUACAUGGACCAUGGUGAUAUCCAAAAGUAAAAUGCUUUUAUAUUUAUAGAUUAUUUCAUUGAACUAUAUAAAAUGGGUAUCAAUAAAUGUAUUUACUCCAAAAUCAGUUUUUUACUUGCCUAAGAUAUGAGAGGGUAAGCUGAUGCAACACUGGGUUGUUCCCCUCUGUCAUUUUAUGACCGAUUUCUUUUGCUGCUGCUUAUCGUUAACAUGCCUUGUGUUUCACGGCUUCAGCGGCUGUGUUGAUGCAGGGAUUUCUUAGCUUGUGUCCAGACAUCUCUCCUGGCCCAUUUCUGCUUAGGGCAGGAGGUCAAGGCCCAGGUGAAAAUACUUUUUGGUUGUGGUGGGUGCACAUCAACAAAGUUUACUCAUAGUGGGUUUAUCUAGGGCCUGGCAUAAUUGAUGUAUUAUACCCAAGCCAGGAAGGGGUAAGGGGAUAAGUAGAACAUCAUAUAAAGAAUAUGUACCAAUUCCAGCUUGUUCAUUUUUUCUAGUUCUUGAAAUACUCAUAUUGACCCUUAAAUAUCAGUUACACUUGUAUAGUUUAGGUUGGGUCUAAACUGAUUGGAGUAAAGUUCAUUAGUUCAUAGAGUGGAAGGAGGUAGAGGUUGAAACGUCUUAAUUUCAUGAUCAAAGUUCAAUUUUAAACUUAGAGUGGAAAUCACAGAAACAUUAAAAAAAAAAAACUCUUAAAAUACUUAAAAUACUAUCUAGUUCUGCAUCCUUCUUCAAAUUAUGGAAACUGAAGUCCAGAGGAGAAAAGAGCCUUGGCUAGGGUUAUAGAUGGGAUUACAUAUAACUUAACUCCAAACCAGGAUAUUGUUUUGAGUGGAAGGGAUGCCAUUAGUAAUUAUGCCAGAGCAAUAGGUGUAAACUCACACUGUCCUGGGUAAACCAAGGGUGGCCAACCUGCUCAUAGGUCUAGUUAGAGGCAGAGUGGGGCUUGUGUUUCAGGUCUGGCAACCCAGGGCUGCCUGCCGUUCUCUCCAGCCUCAGGUUCUCAUUGGUUAAAUGGAGAUAAUAAUACCUUAAGAUGACUGUACCAUGCAUGUGGUGCUCAAGGAGUAUUUUUUCCUACUGCUAUGGGAAAUUCUAAAUCCUUGGAAUGAUUAAAGAGAAAAGGUGAAAAAUGGUGAAAUAGAAAUAAAGAGAAUGAGGAAAAGAGACAACUUGGGCCAAAGGCAAUAGAACAAUCAUACACAGUUGGCCCUUGAACAGUGCAGGGGUUGGGGUACUGACCACUGCAUAGUUGAAAAUCGGUGUAUAACUUUCGACUCUCCAAAACUUAACUGCCAAGAGCCUGCUGUUGAUCAGAAGCCUUACCCAUAACAAAGCUGUUUUAACACCUAUUUUGUAUGUUACAUGUAUUUAUAUCCUGUAUUCUUAUAAUAAAGCUAGAGAAAAGAUAGUU